AUGUUGAGUAUUUUAAUCAUUCCAUGCCUUUUAAUUGCAACAGCAGCACAGGCAUGGGCUUACACAGACCCAGAAUCAUUCAACCAGCAGUUUAACCAGCAGAAACUCAUUGCUUGCGUUGUAACUUGCUAUUUCAUAUCAUUGCUCUUCUUCAUUAUCAUUGGAUCAAGAAAGGGAUUCAACAAACACGGUCUUUGGAUGGCAAUCCCACUACUUACGAUCGGUUCUUAUUUAACAUUUUACUCGACCAAGAAGAUUGGUAUCGAUAGAACAUUCUUUGGCGAACAGUUAGGAACUCUAGAAGGCAAGGAACACGAGACAUCAUUCCCAUUUAGCCUCAAUCACUGCAUGUACAAAGGCGAAUUACUUUUAGUUUUUGGUUUUUGGUCAUUAUUCUAUCCUUCAAAGGAAUUAACAUUUGUUACAGGAACUUGGAUAUGCCUACUCCUUAUUCAAAUGUACAUCGAAUCCCCACAAUAG